AUGGAUGUUGAUGCACUAUCCCCGAGAAGGCGGCAAAAGGUCAAGACUGGGUGCAAGACGUGCAAACUUCGUCGUAUCAAGUGCGAUGAAGGGAAGCCGUCGUGUAACAAGUGUCUAUCAUCCGGUCGCCACUGUGCUGGCUACGGGAUAUGGGAUGAAGGAAGAGCAUCUCCUAUCCAAUGCACCUCACUAUCGAGACUAAACACCCCUAUCCCAUCGAUGGCAUCUCAAGAGGAAAAGGGGCACUUUGACUUCUUUCGUGUCAUCGCCGCCUCUAAGCUUGCUGGCGCCUUUCCCUCUUCCUUUUGGGAAUCUCUUGUCUUUCAGGCAAGCUCCUCGGAGCUCGUUGUCCUUCACGGAGCAUCCGCUUUAGGAGCUGCAUACAAGAGCAGGGCUCAGACUAUCUGCGACGGGAUGCUGCAGAACCACAUCAGCGCCGAUGCGGCAAACAGACAAGAUCAAAGCUUUGCCGUCAAGCAGUACGCCAAGGUGUUGGACAUGCUACAGAUGCAGCUACCCCGGACCGAGAAGCGUCUGCUUCGAAAUGGGCUUAUUGUUUGUGUGCUUGCAACAGCGUUUGAACUUGUUCAGGGGAAUCACAAAGCUGCGGCGACCCAUCUCAGGAAUGGGUUUAUUCUCGUCCGGCGCGCCCAGAACUGCGGGUACGAAGUCGAACCUGACCUGGCUGAGCCGUUUACUCGGGCUUACAUGCAGUCGAUGCUCCUAGGGGGCUCAGGCAGCUUGCCAGACCUGACAAAGGAAGCUUGGACACCGACUGAGGUGCCAAAGGCAUUUGGAUCCUUUCACGAAGCUAGGCAUCACGUCGACAUGUUACUCAUUGGCGUUGCACGACUCUCGGAGGACUUUGAAUCGGACAAUUACAGAUGCCCAGGGGGUAUCCAUCAGCUUGCUACUCUAGAAAGAGCUUCAUCGGCUUGGAUACAAGCAUACGAAGCAAGUCUCCAAGAUCUGCUCUCCCAGUCAAACCAUCGCACCAUCUACGGGGUUUUUAUGCUCCGCAUGUUUCACACUAUGGCGUCCAUCAUGAUUUCUACAACACUGACCCCUCAUGAAAACGUCUUUGACAAACAUACCGACCAAUUUGCAUCCAUCAUCGACCAGACGCUGAAAAUGUGGAACAUGAACGGAUUCGCCGUGGGCGGCCCUUUUGAGGGUCACCGCAGCGUCACUGGACCUAGGGUGACAUUCGACCUCGGCAUCAUAUCUCCCUUGUAUUACACGGCUGUAAAGUGCCGUGACCCGAGACUCAGACGACAAGCUAUUGGCUUACUCACAGUGGCCCCUUACAGAGAAGGCAUAUGGAGUAGUGUUGUGGUCGCCAAGAUUGCGCGUGUGGUGGUCGACAUGGAAGAAAACGGCUUCUAUGCAGGGGUCCAGUUUGAAGAGGAUUCACUAGCUCCUACUGAUACAGAGAAAUACGGAAGCUUGCCUAUACUUCCGGAAGAAAAUAGAUUCCGUGCGGUACGGGUGUCCCUCGGGGAUGAAGCGGGAGGACGGGGGACGAUCAGCUGCAGGAAAGCAUCUAGAGCUGGGCUUUGGGUUGAAGGAAGAGUGGAAUUUGACUUUUCAGAUGAAGUUUGA